AUGGCCCCUCCUCGUGUGAUUGUGGUCGGUGGAGGCCUCUCCGGGCUCAGCGCUGCACAUACUGUCUACCUCAAUGGAGGCAAUAUCCUUGUUCUCGACAAGAACAACUUCUUCGGUGGCAACUCGACAAAGGCAACUUCUGGCAUCAACGGUGCUCUCACCCGGACCCAAGUCGACCUGGGAAUCCAGGACAGUGUGAAGCAAUUCUACGAAGAUACGCUGAAGUCCGCCCGUGACAAGGCGAGACCAGACCUCAUUCGAGUUCUCACAUACCAAUCGGCAGCUGCCGUUGAAUGGUUACAGGAUGUAUUCAACCUUGACCUCACUCUUGUAUCACGUCUAGGUGGCCACUCGUUUCCCCGAACCCACCGAGGACACGAUGCCAAGUUCCCUGGUAUGGCGAUCACGUACGCCCUGAUGCAAAGGAUGGAGGAGCUUUGCGAAUCCGAUCCCGACAGAGUCCAGGUUAUCAAGAAGGCAAAGGUCACAAAGCUGAACAAGGAAGGCAAUACCAUCACCGGUGUCACCUACGAAUUCGGCGGCGAGGAACAUUCAGUUGACGGCGUCGUCGUUCUGGCAACUGGAGGAUAUGCUGCGGAUUUCGGAGAAACGUCGCUUCUCAAGAAACACAGACCGGACACAUUCGAUCUAUCAUCCACCAACGGCACGCACGCCACUGGCGAUGGCCACAAGAUGUUGAUGGCCAUUGGUGCCAACGAUAUCGACAUGGACAAGGUCCAGGUGCACCCUACCGGUUUGGUUGACCCCAAGGAUCCCACCUCCAAAUGGAAGUUUUUGGCUGCUGAAGCACUCCGAGGGGAAGGUGGGAUUCUGCUCAACAGCGACGGUCAACGAUUCUGUGACGACCUAGGUCACCGUGACUAUGUCUCUGGUAAGAUGUGGGAGGAGAAGGAAAAGGGCAAGUGGCCCAUCCGUCUAGUCCUCAACUCCAAGGCCUCGAAUGUCCUUGAUUUCCAUACUCGCCACUAUUCCGGCCGUGGCUUGAUGAAGAAGAUGAGUGGCAAGGAGCUGGCUAAGGAAAUCGGCUGCGGUGAGGCAGCCCUUGACAAGCAAUUCAAGGAGUAUAACGCCAUCGCCAAAGGAGAGAAGAAGGACGCGUGGGGCAAGAAGUAUUUCCACAAUAUGCCUCUGGACAUCAACGAUACUUUCCACGUUGCAUUGAUGGAGCCCGUCUUGCACUUCACCAUGGGUGGUAUGGAGAUCAACGACAAGGCCCAAGUGCUGAACAAGGAGCAGAAGCCAUUCGAUGCGCUUUUCGCCUGUGGUGAACUUGCUGGUGGCGUGCACGGCGCCAAUCGCCUCGGUGGCUCGUCUCUACUUGGAUGUGUGGUCUACGGCCGUGUUGCUGGUAACUCAGCAUCGAAAUACUUGUUGGAGAAGCUCACAACCGAGGGUGGUGCUUCGGGCGCUUCGAAUCGUCUGGGUCAAAUCUCGCUGCACAUUGAUCCCAACUCGCCAGGAAAGAUUUCCGUGGAGUGGACCGGCGGUUCAGGUGCUUCGUCAGGCCCUUCUGUCGGUACAAAAGAGACGUCCCAACAGGCGCAGAGAAGCGCGGCACCAGUCAUGGAUGGCAAUAAGAGCCAAGAUCCUGGCAAGAAGAAGGACACAAACGACAUCAGCAACUUCAAGGUCCCGGAGAAGGAAUACUCACUAGAAGAAGUUGCCAAGCACAACAAGAAAGAUGACCUGUGGAUCGCCGUCAAGGGUGUCGUGAUGGAUGUUACGAACUGGCUUGAUGAGCACCCUGGUGGUCCUCAGGCAUUGUUCAGCCACAUGGGCAAGGAUGCUACGGAGGAAUUCGAAAUGCUCCAUGACGAUGAAGUCAUUCCCAAAUAUGCCGCAGACAUUGUCAUCGGGCGUGUCAAGGGCCAGGAAGUCCGGUUGGAGUACUAG